CUUUGCUGUUCGUUCAAUUGAACUUCACAGCGAUGAAGCAAAAUAUGGUGAAAUUUAUUUUGCAGCAUCUAGUAACAAUUCUUCAACCAAUAGCAGCGAGUUGCUGCGGCAGUAUGCUGCGCAUGAAAUGGUACCUUAAGAGGGCGCCAACGCAUAGUGAAUUUUUCAAGCUGCGGAAACUCGACGGAAAUUCUGUGGUCUCUCGUCGGCGGUGUAAAUUACGAAAAAAAGCGUUUGUCAUUAAAACACUGUAAUCAAGGGUAAAAUUGGAUUAGCACGGUGGAUCGAUGAAGCGCCGAUAAAUAGAAACGUCACAAUUCAAAUGUAGUUUAACUGGGGGGAAGGGGGGGAGACAUUCGUCAUCGGUCUGUCGCGACGAGUCUGUCAAACGAACGUCAAGCUCGUCGAUCGGCGGCUACGUGUAUCUUUGAGGUCAGCGACGAUGCAGCGGUACGACAUUCUGAUCCAGGAGAUCGAGGGCAUCGACGACUACCUGGGCCCGACGUUCCGAGCGAUUUACGAUGGCCACGAGCAUCAGAAAUUUAUGGAGAAGCUCGAUGACCGCAUUAAGGCUCACGACAAGGACAUCGAAAGGAUGUGCAAUCACCACUACCAGGGAUUUAUCGAUUCCAUUCGCGAGCUCUUGCAAGUCCGCUCGCAGGCGCAGCAAUUGAAUGCGGAAAUAUUGGAGCUCGACAAAUGCAUCACCGCCACAUCCACCAAGGUGAUCGAGAAGGGCGAGGAGCUUGUAAAAGCUCGCAAAGUCGAGAGCAACAUGGCUGCUGCCGUGGACAGUCUCACGAUGUGCCUUCCUGUCCUAGCCGCGUACGCAAAGUUGCAGAAGCAGUUGAAAGACAAACGUUACUAUCCAGCCCUGAAAACGCUGGAGCAAUUGGAGCAUCACGAUCUGCCGAAAGUUACGAAUUACAGGUUUUCCUCUCAAAUUACACAGCAAAUUCCACAAUUGCGCGAGAAUAUAAAGGAUGCGUCUAUGUCCGACUUGAGGGACUUCCUAGAAAAUAUAAGAAAGCAUUCGCCAAAGAUCGGGGAAGUGGCAAUGAGACAUACCGCCGAACAGUUGGCGACUGAGGCAGAAAUUACGGGAUGGAAGAAAAAGAGAGCUAACGCGAAUCAGUCGAACGAGGUCGAGGAGGAACUGAGUGCUCAAGAUUUAAUGGAUUUCAGUCCUGUAUAUCGAUGUAUGCAUAUCUAUACUGUGCUCCGUGAAGGAGAAACUUUUACAACGUACUAUAGGCAGCAAAGGAAACAGCAAGCUAGACUAGUUUUGCAGCCGCCCAUCAAUAUGCACGAGAGUAUAAUCGGAUAUCAAACUUACUUGCACGGUAUCAUUGGUUUCUUUGUCGUAGAGGAUCACAUACUGAAUACGGGUAACAGACUAGCCACCCGUGCAUACUUGGACGAGCUAUGGACCAUGGCACUGUCCACCAUAGUGAAUGCUUUACGCACGCAUUCGGCAUAUUGCACAGACGCUACGCUCAUACUAAAAAUAAAAAAUCUUAUUAUGUUAUUUAAUACUACUCUAAGAGAUUAUGGCUACUCCGUAGGACAACUGUGGGAUUUGUUACAAGAAAUUAGAGUUCAUUACAACGAAGUGCUAAUGCAGCAUUGGGUUCAAGUAUUCAGGGAUAUUUUGGACGAAGAUAGUUUCUUGCCAAUUCAAGUUACAACGCAAGCGGAAUACGACCAAGUUUUGAAUCUGUUCCCUUAUCACGACGAGGAAUUGCAGAAAGCCGAAUUUCCGAAGAAAUUUCCAUUUUCUGACAUGGUACCGAAGGUUUAUCAGCAGGUGAAAGAGUUCAUCUACGCUUGCUUAAAAUUUUCAGAGGACUUGAACUUUACGCAAACGGAGAUUGACGAAAUGAUAUGCAAAUCAACGAAUCUGCUGCUAACGAGAACUUUCAGCGGAUGCUUGUCAUCCUUGUUUCGCAAGCCGUCUUUAGCACUUUUGCAAGUGGUACAAAUUAUAAUAAAUACGGGAUAUCUCGAGAAAUCUACCAAGUAUUUAGAAGAAUUUGUGACUAAUAUUACUGGCACAUCGCAUCAAGGGCAAUUAAGUUCUAUGGGCGUAGAAUCUGCCAUGUUUCGGGUCGCACGAGAUGAUGCUGAGAAACAAAUUUGCGAUAAGCUGAAGAAUAAGCUAGAUGAAUUUCUAGAAUUGGAGAAUUACGAUUGGAACUUGGCAGAACCUCAAGGACAUGCCUCGGGAUUUAUUACGGAUCUCAUCGCGUUUUUGCAGAGCACUUUCACAUGCUUCACCAAUUUGCCAGAAGAAGUAGCUCAAGUGGCAUGCAAAUCCGCGUGUUGUCACAUCGCUAAAGCCAUAUUAGGCAUAUUAAUCAGUGAAGAUGUGAAACAGAUAUCCAUGGGUGCAUUACAACAAGUCAACCUAGAUACGAUACAAUGCGAACAAUUUGCUGCUUCUGAGCCAGUCGUUGGUUUGCCAGAAGGAAUCUUAUUGCAAUACUUCUCGCAAUUACGACAGUUAUUAGAUUUAUUUAUGAGUUGGGACUGGCCUACUUAUUUUCACGACUACGGUCAUGACUCUAAUAAAUAUGAUUUAGUUACCCCUAAUAUGGCUGUGCUUCUCCUAGAAAAGUUGAAGGAGUCUGAUAAGAAAACGGUGUUCUCUGUAUUAAAGAAGAGCGAAAGGGAUAAAAAGAAAUUACUUGAAACUGUAUUAAAACAAUUACGUCAACUAGCACAAACCACUCAACAGCAAUAGGAUUUCGAAUCAAUAAUGUAAUAUAGGCGGAAAUAUAUGUACUCCGGUAUAUAAACAUUAAUUUUUAUAUAUGAAUAUUGCAAGAAUUCUUGACAAUGAAUUAUAAUAUAGGUAAUUAUUUAUUAUUUAAAAAAAAAGUAUAUUUGUUCUUUACAUCACAAAUCCCUUAAUACGUUGUAUUUUUACAAGUACUUUUUUUACUAUCCGUCGAUUUCAAAAUUAUUUUCAAUGUAAAAAAAUAUGUAAAUACACAGGGAUUAAUGUGGGGAGAAAUAAUUUAAGUACAACGUAAUAAUUGUGUUCCCAUAUACUUAUUAUUUUAAUUUCCUUCUAUAUUGGCAUUGUUAUAUUACAUGUAAACGAGUCACAUAUCGUACAAUUACUGUACAGCAGAUUAAGUAUGAUGUAUAAAGUUCCAAUUGCUACACCCC